AUGAAGCAGAGAUUCUCGUCUUUGGACGUCAAGGUCAUCACGCAAGAAUUGGCGUCAGAGUGUGUCAACCUCCGAGUGUCCAACAUCUACGACCUGUCCUCGCGUAUAUUUCUUUUCAAACUCGCUAAACCGGACCACCGGCGUCAACUCAUUAUUGACUCCGGUUUUCGCACUCAUGUCACUCAGUAUACGCGAACUACGGCAACCACACCCUCGCCCUUUGUGACCCGUCUCCGAAAAUAUCUGAAGUCUCGCCGAAUUACGGGAAUCUCUCAAAUCGGAACAGAUCGCAUCAUCGAAAUUUCUUUCAGCGAUGGCGCAUAUCACAUCUUCCUCGAAUUCUUCGCCGGUGGUAACAUCAUCUUGACAGACCGCGAGUACAAUAUUCUUGCUUUCUUCCGCCAAGUUGCUGCUGGUGUGGGUCAGGAAGAGAUCAAGGCUGGACUCAAGUACACUGUGUCGAAUAAACAGAAUUAUGAUGGGGUUCCGGACAUCACAGCGGAUCGAGUUUUGCAAACUCUGGAAAAGGCACAGGGGCUUUCUGCCCAAGAGGGAAACGCACCCAAAAAAUUCAAAAAAAAGGGAACGGAUGUUUUGCGAAAAGCAUUGUCGCAAGGCUUUCCUGAAUAUCCUCCUCUGCUCCUCGACCACGUCUUUGCGAUCAAGGAAUUUGAUACCACAACGCCGCUGGAUCAAGUAAUAGGGAGCCAAGAUCUGUUGCAGGCCGUAAAAGAGGUGCUAGAAGAAUCGCGGCGAGUUUCCAACACCUUUGACUCUGGCGCUAGCCAUCCUGGCUACAUUGUUGCAAAAGAAGACACGCGACCCAUCCCGGAAGGAGAGACUUCAUCAAAGGCCGCGGGCCUGCUUUACGAAGACUUUCAUCCUUUCAAACCUCGACAGUUUGAAAAUAAACCAGGAAUAAAGAUCCUAGAGUUCGAGCGCUUCAAUGCCACAGUCGACGAGUACUUUUCAUCUCUUGAAUCUCAGCGACUCGAGUCGCGAUUGACAGAGCGCGAGGAGGCAGCCAAGAAGAAGCUCGAAUCCGUGCGAUUCGAGCACAAAAAGCGGAUUGAUGAGCUCAAGAACGUACAAGAGCUUCACAUCCGCAAAGCGAAUGCUAUUCAGGACAAUGUAUACCGAGUUCAGGAGGCAAUGGAUGCUGUCAAUGGACUGGUGGCCCAGGGAAUGGACUGGGGUGAAAUUGCGCGCCUGAUUGAGAUGGAACAGGAUCGCGGCAAUCCAGUGGCGCAGAUCAUCAAAUUGCCCCUCAAAUUGUACGAAAAUACAGUCAGCCUACUUCUUGGAGAGGCCGGCGACGACGAGGAUGAAGAGGAGGAGUUUUCUAGCAGCGAUGAAUCAGACUCCGAUUCAGAGAACGAAGCAGAUCAAGAGACAAGCAGUGCGGAACGAGAGUCUAAGCUUUUGACCAUUGACAUUGACCUUGGUUUGAGCCCAUGGGCGAAUGCAUCACAAUACUAUGAUCAGAAGAAGCAAGCCUCAGAGAAGGAACAAAGGACAACCCAGUCGUCUACGAAGGCACUGAAGAGUCACGAGAAGAAGGUGACGACCGAGCUGAAGCGAGGCUUGAAGAAAGAGAAGCAAGUGCUUCGACAGGCUCGGACGCCAUUCUGGUUUGAGAAAUUUGUCUUUUUCAUUUCUUCGGAGGGCUACUUGGUUAUAGGGUACGUGAUUCCAUUGAACACUGUUCUACGACAUACUAAUCCCAGCAGUGCACGUGAUGCUAUGCAAAGUGAAUUGCUCUACCGGCGUUAUUUGUCGAAGGGCGAUAUCUUUGUGCACGCUGACCUCGAAGGUGCGACGCCAAUAGUGGUGAAGAACCGAGCCGGCAGUGCAGACGCACCAAUCUCUCCAAGCACAUUAUCUCAAGCUGGCAACCUUUGCGUCGCGACUUCCACUGCUUGGGAUUCAAAGGCUGUCAUGUCUGCUUGGUGGGCGCAUGCUCAUCAGGUAUCCAAAAUCGCAGAGAACGGCAGCGGAAUAAUGCCCACGGGUGUUUUCCAAAUCAAGGGAGAGAAGAACUUCUUGGCGCCAUCGCAACUGGUGCUUGGAUUUGGCAUCAUGUUCCAAGUCAGCCAAGAAAGCGUUCGGAACCAUAAGCAGCGAUUCGACACAUCUGACAUUCCACUAGCCGCUAUACCUCCUGCAGAUGAGACUGAGGCUUCUGAGCUGAAGGACUUCUUGGAGCCAGAAGCCCAAUGGCAGACAGAGGCCAACGAAGACGCAGAAAAGGGAAAUGAGGCAUCUGAAGAGGAGGAUGAAGAUGAGAAAGCCGCCUCCCGAAACCCUCUCCAGCGAAGCAAUUCCGAGCUUUUUACCUCUCAACCAACUCAAGAAUCGGAGUCUAGGUCCGACCCGGAAGAAGAGGUAAAGGAUGAACUUGAGCAAGAAGUUGCAGAGGAUCAGCCGGAGGAAGAAGAAGAGGAAGAGGAAGAAGAAGAAGCCAAAUCAACAGCAGGUCAAAAUCCUGCACCUGGGCAAAAUGAAGAACCGAACUUGAACGCUCGAGAGCGACGUACCUUGCGACAAGGCAAGUCGCUUGACCGUCCCGGCGAGGAAGAAUCAGCUGCACCACGCAUCGCCCCUACUCGCGGUAAGCGGGCGAAGGACAAGCGCGCUGCUGCCAAGUAUGCUAAUCAGGACGAGGAUGAGCGAGAACUUGCUCUUCGGUUAGUGGGUGCUAACAAGGGCAAGGCCGCAAAGGCGGCCAAGGCAGCUGAGGCCAAGGAACAGCGUGAACGAGAGGCUGAGGCGCAAAGGCAACGACGACGGGCCCAACAUGAGCGCGCUGCCGAAGCCGAGCGCAAACGGCAGGCCCAGUUUACGGAAAAUGGAACGGACGAUUACAGCGAGGAGACAGCUGCCGCAGAAGCUUCGGAUCUCACUUGGAUUCCAGCCCUGGUGGGUACACCAACUACGGAUGAUGAAAUAAUUGCUGCUAUUCCUGUAUGCGCCCCAUGGGCUGCCCUUGGACGCUACAAGUACAAAGUCAAACUGCAGCCAGGCACUGUAAAGAAGGGCAAGGCCGUCAAGGAGAUCAUUGGUCGGUGGGUGUCCGAGACCACCACCGGGAAGGUUAAGAAGGAGCACGCCGAAGAUGUCGGGAUCUCUCGUGUCGACGCUGAGCGUCUCCGGGAACGGGAGGGAGAGCUCAUCAAGAGCUGGAAAGAUACUGAGAUUAUCAACACUAUGGUUGUGGGCAAGGUGCGCAUCAUGACUGCAGGAGCUGGAAGCGGCGGUGGGGGUGAUAAGGGCAAGGGCAAAGGUGGAAAGGGUGGCGGAGGUGGUAAGGGUAAGAAGAAGUGA